UGUUGUAUAUGGGUUUUUAAAUGAUGCGUUAAUUCCUUGCAUAUGGAGACAAUAUUUUUUUGGCUGUGUAUAUUUUUUUUUGAUGAGUUCAAUAGAACAGAGCUCUUGUACAUAUUAAAAUUUAACCGUUUUUUACGCAUUUAGCCCUGAAUAAUCAAAACAAGAACAGAAAAUGCUGAAAGAGUGCGGCGUAAGCCGUCUUCAGGAUUUAUUAAAAUCAAAACAUGCCUUGUCAAAUAGGAGAAUAACUGGCUCUAUUUGCUCGUCGAGAACUCAUACAACUAAAUCAGCAAAAGAGGUUCCGAAGCCUACCUCUUCGAUCGUCAAAUUCGAAGUGUACCGCUUUAACCGCGAAAAAGAUACAAAGCCUUAUACACAAACAUAUCAUGUCGAUACGUCGGAAUGUGGACAGAUGGUGCUCGAUGCCCUGAUCAAGAUAAAAAAUGAACAAGAUACGACACUAUCAUUUCGAAGAUCAUGUAGAGAAGGAAUAUGCGGUAGUUGCGCUAUGAAUAUAGCAGGAACCAAUACUUUGGCAUGCAUAAAAUAUAUAAGGGAGGCAAUCGAUCCAGAUAAUACGGUUCGUAUAUAUCCAUUGCCUCACAUGAGGGUAAUUCGUGACCUCAUUCCACAGCUGAGCAAUUUUUAUGCUCAGCAUAAGGCAAUUCGUCCUUGGCUCGAACCAGCUGCAGAAAGUGUAUCCUCUAGAAAGGAAUUGUACCAAUCAAUUGAACAGCGCAAGGAAUUGGAUGGUUUAUAUGAAUGCAUUCUUUGUGCGUGCUGCACAACUUCCUGUCCUUCCUAUUGGUGGAAUGGAGAAAAAGAUUUUUUGGGUCCAGCGGCGCUUAUACAGGCUUACCGGUGGAUCAAUGAUAGUCGAGACUCAAUCAGAGAAGAUCGUAUCAAGUUUCUGGCCGAAGAUAAAGCCAGAGUGUAUAAAUGCCACACAAUUAUGAAUUGUACAAGAGCAUGUCCUAAAAGCUUAAACCCUGGCAAAGCCAUUCAGAAUUUGAGGUUACAACUGCUUAAAUUACCUACGACUACUGCUGGUGAGUAUGUGUCUAAAUUGACCACCAAAAAGUCUCGCACUCCAAAGCCGACAGACUAAAUUCUGUACCCCUCAAACAA